AGCUAUUAACGGGAAUUAGGCGGGUUAUAUACAUGCACACUGACACGCACACACGCUUGACCUCCCUAGCUUAGCGUCCCCGUUUACACAGAGUUUAACUAGGCGUGUCCUAUGUACCAUAACGUACCUGUGUGUACUGGUGUCAGCUGACUUCAUAUGAUAGAUGUUAGAUAGAAACAUUCGGAGACGAGUAUAUACUGUAAAGCGCAUACUCUGGUUCUCUGGUAGCUCUACAUUAAUUUCGUGUUUGCUUGUGUCUGGAGCAAUUAGAAGCUAACAUGUUGGAAUAACUACCUCAAAGUGACUGCUCAUUAGUGAAAAUGGACAGAAUUAUUAAAGCAAUUGGCUGGCAACCAGUUCAUGGUGUACCCUGCCUCCUGCCCAAUGACAGCUGGGAUUGGCUACAGCACUCCCGUGACCGUCAUGAAGAUGUUGGUGAUAUCCAGUCCCGGCUGCUCGACCACCGACCUGUUAUCAAUGCAGAAAUCCGUUACUUUGUGAGGGAAUUUGAGGAGAAAAGAGCUCACAGGGAAAGUCGGUUACUGGAGAGCCUGAGUAAAGUGGUGCAAGAAGCAAAUGAGCAAGUGCCCUCUGAUUUAGAGUUUAUGAAGCAGCAGCUCUCUAAUGUUAUUGCUCGAUUGAAGGCUGCUAAUCACAUCGCAGAAAGAAUCCAGGAGAAGAAGCUGGAAGCGCAGCAGGGCAGCCAGCUGCAGGAAAACAAGGACCGUAUGAAAAAUGAGUGGGCAGAGUUCGUGAAGGAGCAGCAGCGAUUAAAGGAAGAGGUGGGCGAAGAGCAUGCUAAGGCUGUUGGACACAUCAGCAUCCGAUACAGUGAGAAGAAGAAGGAUUUGGAUAAGUUGUCAGAUGUUUAGUCAUUGUGUGUGUGGUUAGAAGAGCUACAGAAGAGAUCUCAUAUUCGGCUUGUGCACAAUGUUUUUCAAAACGUGUCAUUGAGAAAUCACUGCAUAGAAUAAGCACAAUGGGAAAAAGUCUUAUGUGAAAAGUAAUGAUUACCAAGUAAUAAUGAAUUUCUCCUUGGAAGGCAGUGAUGCAUCAUUUUCAUCAAGGAAAAAUAUGUUCAAAUUACCCUUCACAAAAGUGAGGGGAAAACAUGCCCGAGCAGGUCUGUUUAAAGCACAGGUCAAGUGUUGUAGAAGUGAGUUCGAACAGAACUUUAGUUUCUAAAAUAAAUCACCAGCUCACUCGUGUAUGGAACAUUUGACCCCUGAUGUCUUCAAAUAAACCAACCGUUUGUGAAGUAA